AUUCCCAAAACACUCUCUCUCUCUCUCAGACACACACAAAAACCAGACCCUCAUAAACCUCAUUCUCUCUGUCUGGGUGUGUCUGAAAUUCAGCCAUGGCCGCCCUGUUUGGGAGUUGGAAUUUGAGAAUUUGGAUCUCAAUAGUUACGAUCUUGUUGUUGGGUUUGUGCAGGAAUUGCAAUUGUGGUGAAGAUUCUUCUUCGAUUCAUUCUCUUUUGCGGUCAAUGGGGCUGCCGGCUGGGCUGGUUCCCAAGCAAGCGAAAUCUUACACUCUGGGUGAAAAUGGUCGUUUAGAAGUGUAUUUGGAUGCUCCAUGUAUGGCUAAAUAUGAGAACAGAGUUAUUUUUGACACUGUUUUUAGUGCUAAUCUUAGCUAUGGAAGCUUGAUUGGAGUGGAGGGUAUGUCUCAGGAAGAGCUUUUUCUAUGGCUCCCUGUUAAAGAUAUCAUUGUUAAUUACCCUACAUCUGGUGUCAUUCUUAUUGACAUUGGUGUUGCUCAUAAACAACUCUCUUUGUCUCUCUUUGAAGAUCCUCCUGAUUGUAACCCUCAAGUUACAUUAAGGAAUCCUCUGAGGAAGCAAAGAGGCUUUGAAUCUCUUAGAUAAGAGUGCAAAAAAAAAAAAAAAAAAAAAAAAGAAGUCGUCAAAUUCAAGUUCCCAACUUUUGUAUUUAUAUCAUUUUGUUGUAAUAAUUUUAUUUUAUUUAACUUUUUUGUCGAAAGAAAGAAACCAAUUGUCACACUUUAGUAUAUAAUGAGAGCUUGUGUGGUGAAAUUUUGGAA